AAAACAGGACGACGUGGUGGUGCUGCAGCAGGAUCCGGCCCCUCCGCACUCCGCUGCGGCCUACCACCAUCACUGUGGACGCGCAGCGCAGGGGGCCGGGGCUCGGCCUACAUUACGCUUUUGCGCAUCCAUCCGUCUAGGCAUUUGCUCUCUCUCCCCGACUCUCACUCGCGCUCUUCUCCGCGCUCGCUCUCGUCGCCACCACCACCGCCUCUCCUCUGCACCCCCUCAGUCUCUUCUCCUCUGCUCUAUCUCCCUCGUGUUCCACUUCCGGUGGACUGCCAAUUCGCCACUGGCCUCGUCUGUGUCAAUCGAGGAAGAAUAGAGCAGAAGGAGAAAGAGAGUGAGACGGUUGAUUGGAUUUGGUCUGGAUGGUCUGUGGACUGCGGGGUUCUCGCCUCUGAGGCGCUACGGACUUGAGAUGCGGUCACGCUCGUGGAUACUAGGUCCCCCUCUGUAGCACUCAAAGGUCGAGCAUUUCGUCAGUCUUACGGUAUAAUAUGGAAGUGGUAUCAACCCCGGCAGGAAACGGCGCAAAACAGUGGCUAUCUGAACUGGGCUUGGAGGAACCAUCGCUAGUUAGGCAUUUGGACAGUCUUUUCCUCCCGACAUCGAACCAAUAUCAAUCCGUCAAGGGCUACAACAAUCUGAAUUCUUACGACCUCGGCGGGUCCUUCUUGAACGUGAAGCAGAGAGACGCUUCGCCCGUCACCAUGAACAACACCUUCACCUCCACGGGGUACUCGUCCCAGUGGGACGCCCUGCUCAACAACGAACGCCCGGCCAAAAUGCCCAAAACGAUCUCAUGGGAUGGCUCUUUCUCGAACCAGGGCAUGGGCAAUUCCCUCACGCACCAGCCCCUGCUGCCGCUGAUCUUCAGUCACAAACAGCAGCAGCAGCACCACGAACCCCAAAUCCAGCAUCAGCAGCAGCACCACCAGCACCAGCACAACCACAUGAACCAGUUCUUCUCCCCCCAGCAGCAGCUCUGCCAAGGCAUUGACGGCUUCGUGGCCUCGCUUCCCAAGCUCUCAGAUGAUUUGCACGACUCCGUAGCCCCGCGAACCCCGACCAUGGAAAUCGGGGGCUCCCAGGUUCUAGGCGGAGGAGCACAGGACACUUGCAACAGCGACGUGCACUCCGUCGAGGCUAUGAGCAUGAGCUCCACUUGCAACCGCGACUCGUCACCGAUUGCCGACUCGUUCAGGGGCAAGAGGAAGCCGGAGUUUUUCCCCUCUCCCACCGACAUGAGGGUUCAGAGGCCUCCUCCCAUGGCCACCACCCGAGCUCCCUCUCCCCCGAGCAAGGCUACCGGCCACACCCAGGACCAUAUUAUGGCCGAACGCAAGCGUCGCGAGAAGCUCAGCCAGCGGUUCAUCGCCUUGUCCGCCAUUGUUCCCGGUCUGAAGAAGAUGGACAAGGCAUCCGUUCUUGGAGAUGCCAUCAAGUACGUGAAGUCGCUGCAAGAUCGAGUGCAGAAACUCGAGGAGCAGGCCCCGAAGAAGAAUGUGAGCUCGAUUGCCGUGGUCAAGAACGGCAAGGACAGCAAGGGGUCUGGAUCCGACGGCGAGACGGGAGCUGAGUCCGAGGUGGUGGAAAGCGGAGAGACUCCGGACAUCGAGGCCAGAGUCAACGACAAGAACGUGCUCAUCAAAAUGCACUGCGAAAUGAAGAUUGGCAGCGUUGCCAAGUGCAUCUCCGAGCUGGAGAAGCUGCACUUGAUCGUCUUGAACGCCAAUAUCCUGUCUUUCACCAACACAUCCGUGGAUCUCACCCUGUCUGCUCAGACGGAGGACGGUCACGAAGUCACUGCCGAUGAGAUUGUGGCUGCCCUGCAGAGUUUUUUCAAGACGUUGUAACGAGGAACCUCGUGCGAGAGUUCUUCCGACAGCGACAAAAUAUCGAUGAUGAUGAUACGAAACCAAACGAAACAUUUUUGGAGUCGCUCGAGCGUUGACAUGCAUCGCUCGGGAGGGCGGCACCAUUUUCAGUCACUUGUAUAUGUACAGACAUAAGGAGGAUAUGUGUAUCUAGCUAGCUAGUUAGCUGCUGCUGCUGCAGAAGGUUUGUGCACUGCUGCUGCGCGCGCGCGCUCACAUCAAAGUCGUGAAAGUUACCCGUUACCGCCAUCGCCGGGAGGGGACUCGCCGUCGGCCGGCCAUGUCGCCUGCUUGCACCUGUUACCAGGUUUUUGCCAAUCUCUAUUUGGCGUCCUGCAAGCUCGGGGCAUCCGUCCAUCGACGCGUCUCGUCUAGUAUUACCCUUUCUCUUCCCCACUCGUUUUUUUGAAGAGGGCUGGUGUCUAGCACAGCCUCUUUUCUCAGCCAGUGUGGUGGAUUGUGGUUCUUUUUAGCUCUCGUGUCUGUCAGAAGCUUGGUCCUUCCAAAUCCUUUAGUGUCGGGACAAAUUUCACAUCAUCUGCUCGUAGUUGAGGUUAGGCUCGAGUCAUUGGUGGUCACCAGGCUUUUUUUGCGGAGCCAAAGUUGCUCUGUUCCAGCCCCAUGGGGACUUAUCCAGCUCCUGCUGCCUGAGCUCUAAGCAGGUUUUUCCGGGUUGCAUGACCCUUGUUUUCGCCGAUACUUUUAUUUUUAAAGGCGUUCUUAGAAUUGGAAGCGACCCAUAUCGAGGUGUCACACAAGAGAGCUAGAACAUUGAAUCCUUUGUUUAGUAGAAGGAUGUUUUACCCUUUGAUGGUCUGUAGUACUUCGCAUCCUAAUUAAACGUAUUCACAUAUGUUUCUGAAUAAUUUUACACUUUCUCCACUUGUACGA